AUGAAUGAUGAGACCUGCUUAAAGAGAGACCUGCUUAAAGAGCUGAUACAUCAGAAAAAGCAUCUUCUACUGGGAAGACUUGCUUCUCUUGAAUCAGAAACUGAAAGUGAGUGCAAUAACUCUGAGAGUGGAAGUAUCAUAACAAAUCCAGCUUUCCACAGAACAAGGGGAAUAUUUUCCUCAAUUAGAAGUGCUGUAUCAGACACUGAUGUUGAGAGCAAUUACUUGUCUAGCCGGGGAGGAUCUUCUAAUCUGUGGAACUGUAAAUCCUCCCUAACUUCCGGUUACAGAUAUCAUGGAGGAGAUAUGGUGAGCACUAUGCAGCUCCCCCCUCCAGACCUUAUCAGAACUUAUAUCUUUCAGGGGAUCAUUAAUAAGUACGCUUUUAUAUUUGGAGUACACUAUAUAUUUUUCAAUUGA